AAAAGAAAUGAAAGGGUAGGCUUUUAGCCUUUUGCCGAGAGGUGCGUACAUCACAUUCAGUGCGACGACCGCGCACUUUAGCGCCUCCAAUGACGUCUCCGCACCUAAGCGUAAAGUAGCACUAGCCCCGCUCUGUAUUCCCAAUUUCCCACCCAGUCGCAGCUAUUCCCCUUCUUCCACCUCCUCCUUUACGAAAAAACAUGAGCUCUGGACCAAAAUAAAAUGAAUUAAAUAAGAUGAAUAUUUCAUUUUUCAUUUUUCAUUUUUCAUUUUUUUAAUUACUAAUCCAUCCUCAAUAUCACUUCUCGUAAUAGUCGCCCUGCCUUCGGCAGCCGAAAUGGCUCCGGCUACCUCCUCCCCGGCAGCGGCUCAGAAGCUCUUCCCCUUCAAAGGCUCCGUCCGCCGCACCGAGGCGCCGCGGCGUCCGUCGCUGCCGGCCAGGAAGUACAAAUCGAUGGCGGAGAUAAUGGCGACGGCCAAGUACCUCGUGAUCGAACGCGCCGAUUACAGCGACGUCCGUUGCGUGCAAUGCGGCUCCGGCGACCACGACGAUGAGCUGCUUCUCUGCGACAAAUGCGACCGUGGCUUCCACAUGUCCUGUCUCCGGCCGAUCGUCGUUCGCAUUCCGAUUGGGACGUGGCUCUGCCCUAGCUGUUCUGGCCAGAGACGAGGAAGAAGCCUUUCUCAGACUAAGAUUAUAGACUUUUUUGGUAUUCAAAAGCGCAGUGAUGGAAUGGGGGAAUUUGCUUCUACUCAAGAUGGUAGAAAGCGUAGGAGAAAGUCUGCAUCACUGGUGUUGCACAAAAAAAAAAGGAGACUAGUGUCAUUUACUCCAACAGAAGAUCAUGCACAAAGACUAAAACAGAUGGGUUCCCUUGCUUCUGCUUUAACAGCAUUGCACAUGGAAUUCACUGAUGAACUCACCUACAUGCCGGGCAUGGCUCCUAGAUCUGCCAAUCAAGCAAAGUUUGAAAAUGGUGGCAUGCAGGUUCUUUCCAAAGAAGACAUAGAAACCUUGGAACACUGCAGGGCUAUGUCUAAAAGAGGCGAAGGCCCACCACUUAUAGUAGCUUUUGAUUCAUUUGAAGGUUAUACCGUAGAGGCUGAUGGCCUGAUAAAGGAUAUGACAUUUAUUGCUGAAUACACAGGCGAUGUGGAUUACAUCAGGAAUCGGGAACAUGAUGAUUGUGACAGUAUGAUGACCCUUCUUUUAGCAACCGACCCAUCUAAAAGUCUUGUCAUCUGCCCUGAUAAACGUGGAAACAUUGCUCGCUUUAUCAAUGGCAUUAACAAUCAUACUUUGGAUGGUAAGAAGAAGCAGAAUCUAAAAUGUGUGAGAUACAGUGUGAAUGGUGAAUGUCGGGUCCUUUUGGUUGCUACUCGUGAUAUUGCUAAGGGGGAGAGGCUAUAUUAUGACUAUAAUGGUUAUGAGCAUGAAUACCCAACCCAUCAUUUUGUCUAAGAUUUCAUAUAGAUGUUAGUGUUGAUGUGUCUGCAGAAUUUUUCAUGUAAUUCUGGAUCUUCUUGCAUCCUUUGCUUUUCAGUUUUCUUUCACAAUUUAAUCAUUGUUGUUGCAGGGUCUAAAAUUUUUCUUCCUAAUUGUAAUCUUGGGCCAUUUAUUGUAAUUUAUUAUAUAGCACUGGCCAUUUAUGUGGCCAUGAGAGAAAUAGAGCAGGCGGGGAAAGUAACUUUGCAAUUUAACAUGUGAAGGAACGGAGAUGUCAGGGAAAUAUGAAAUAGAGAACGUCAUCUUUUUUUAUAAUACAGUUUUGAAGGCAGAUUUUACUUUAAUCUGAUGGUUGGCAUUCUAUAUAUGCUGAGAUAAUUUACUCUUUGAUGAAAUCUUGGAAGGGACCUUCCUUCAAAUAUUCUUUUCAUUGUGCCAUUUUAAUAUUCUCAUGUUAUAUUGAUCCACCCCAUAAAAGAAUUAUAUGACGAGCAAAAAUGAAAAUUGAAAUUUGCAACUUUUCAUUUCCAUUAUACUGCAGUAUUUUUGCAGUUACAUCUUGUUGGUUCUGAUUCUUCUCAUGGAAACUAUACUUUGAUGUCUGCAUCUUUGGAACUGGAAGGAGCACUUUCUUUCAGGCAUCUAUUAGAUGGAACCUUCGGCAAUGAUCUAUGGUGGACAUUCACAAAUUUGGGGUCCUCAACAAUGUAUAAGGUGAAAUUUAUUUGCACCGAGUAAUAUCAAGCAAGAAGGUAAUGUUGCAUUUCUUUCUUAUAGUUUGAUUGUUCUUGUACAAUACUUACAAUUUUCAUAAAGGUGAAGGGCAUCUCCUCUAUGUUUAUUCAAACUUAAGAAUAUUAGGCAAAAUGUUAAUAUCUUUCUUUCUUGUUGCCUUGGCUGUGCUUGUUACUACUUACAGUUUUAUUUGAUUUAAUUACACCAUCCUAGCUGCCCCUUCCUUAAGUCUUUUUAUGUGACAUUGUUGUUCUGCAUUUGUUGGCAUUUAAGAGUUUGUUGAGUUGAUAUUGCACUAACUUGUUAUCCCGCCUAAAUAAUAAUUUUUUGUGAUGAUUUCUGUAGAUUCAUGGUAAUGUGUAUAGCCUAUCAAAUAAAAAAAAAAAAAAGAGUCUACUGCCUACAUAAUGGACAAAAAUAUUGAAUCGUUGUUCUUUUUUCUUUUUCAUUUGAAUGAAUGGUUCUUCCUCUUGUUGAUUCAGUCUGAUAUUAAUGGAGAUGAUUUAGUUGUUGGUUUUGUCAAGGAUCUUGUCAACCUUGUAUUCCUGUAUUUCGUUUUGUCUGUUUAGGUCUUUGCAUAUAUUAUUUGUUGUGGUGGUGAUUGUUCCCUUUUUCUCCCCACUGUGGUGCUCUAUUCUCUAUUGUUUUUUUUAAACACUUUCAGGUGUUUUUUUUCCCCUUUUUUUCUUUCUUCCUUUUUUUAUUUUUUAAAAUGCUAGAGGUGUUUUCCCGGAAUCUAAGAGAGAUUUUAGUACCUAAGACUGGAUUGCAACUUAUUUGUAAUAUCUAGGCUAAUUAGGCUAAGUGAAGAUCUUGUUUGACUGCCACAUGGAGUAUGGUAGGCGAGCGGCUUUCCACAUUCUAGGUAGUACUCAUGAGUCAUGACAUGAAGACUAAUCCCAAGAGUUUUUUCUCAUUAAUAGGAUGUUUCUUUCAAUCCUUUUCAAAAACAAUGUAAAACUUAGUUAUAUUCCAUUAAGCUAACUCUUUCUUUAAGCGACAGAAACUUCAUUUGCAGCUUUAUUAAAAUUAUCAAAUUAUAAUGAGUUGAAUGAUUUUUGCUUGGGUAAGCAAAAUAUGCCCAUCUGACAAAUUUCUUCUUUCAGCAAAGAGAUUUCAACUAGGAUCUCAAAGCAGCUCAGAGACAGCACAUAGGAAGAUUCAGCAGUAUCUGGAGGAGAAAGUCCCAUGGAAGGAUGUAGGAAAAUUAUGAACCGCAUAGGCUUGGCAUUGAGAAGGAUCCGAGAAGUGCUAUUGAGGCUUGUGUGAAACUGGGUUCUCUAUGAAGUUCAAACCAGUCUACUAGUGUUCCAUGAUCAAUCAAGUGAGCAUUCAAGAUCAUGGGUUGUAGAUAUAAGCAGAAUAAAUUUUAAGGAUGACAUUGGUUGUACAUGUGGUGAGUGUUUGUAAAAUAAAGUUAUCAUUCUCAUGGGAGACUUUGGAUAAUGUAUUUGAAAGUUUUGGAGAAGGUUAAGUCAACUUCUUGUUGUAAAGAGAUCGAUUUUUUCCCCCUUUUUUCUCAAUUUGAUUGGAGAAGUGUCAGUAUUGUAUAUCAGAUACAAAGAAUCACUUGAUGUAAUUUAAAUUUAUCAAUCUCUUUUGUUUUCUUUGGGACCAAAA